CUAAGCCCAGUCCAAGGCCAGCAUGUCACUGCAGAGGAUUGUGCGCGUGUCCCUGGAGCAUCCCACCAGUGCCGUGUGCGUGGCCGGUGUGGAGACCGUCGUAGACAUUUAUGGGUCGGUCCCCGAGGGCACAGAGAUGUUCGAGGUGUACGGGACCCCCGGCGUGGACGUCUACAUCUGUCCCACCCUCGAGCGGAGCCGGGAGCGCGCGGACACCAGGCGGUGGCACUUCGACGAGGGCCUGGAGAUCGUGGUGGUCAUGAACUCCCCCAGCAACGACCUCAACGACAGUCACGUUCAGAUCGCCUAUCAUUCCAGCCAGGAGUCUCUGCCCCUGGCCUACGCAGUGCUCUACCUCACCUGUGUUGACAUCGCCCUGGAUUGUGACCUGAACCGUGAGGGAGAGCAGGACGGGAACUUCGUGGACAAGCGGCAGUGGGUCUGGGGGCCAGGAGGGCAUGGAGCCAUCUUGCUGGUGAACUGUGACAGGGACGACCCCAGCAGCAAUGUCCAGGACAACUAUGACCAGCACGUGGGCUGCCUACAAGACCUGGAAGACAUGUCCCUCAUGGUCCUGCGCACCCAGGGCCCCGCAGCGCUCUUUGAGGACCACAGGCUCGUCCUGCACACCUCCAGCUCCGACGCCAGGCGGGCCCGGGUCUUCCACGUCUGCGGCCCCGAGGACUCGUGCGGGGCCUACAAGUGCGUGCUGGGCCAGGACAAGGUGUCCUACGAGGUGCCCCGGCUCCACGGGGACGAAGAGCGCUUCUUCGUGGAGGGCCUCCGCUUCCCUGACGCCGGCUUCCCAGGGUUGCUGUCCUUCCACGUCACCCUGCUGGACGGCUCCAAUGAGGACUUCUCGGAGGCCCCCAUCUUCACGGACACGGUGGUGUUCCGCGUGGCGCCCUGGAUCAUGACGCCCAGCACCCUGCCGCCCCUGGAGGUGUACGUGUGCCGCGUGAGGAACAACACGGGUUUCGUGGAGGCGGUGGCCGAGCUGGCCAGGAAGGCCGGCUGCAAGCUGACCGUGUGCCCGCAGACCGAGAACCGCAAUGACCGCUGGAUCCAGGAUGAGAUGGAGCUGGGCUAUGUCCAGGCGCCACACAAGACCUUCCCCGUGGUCUUCGACUCCCCCCGGAACGGGGAGCUACAGGAAUUUCCUUACAAGAGAAUCCUGUCUGCCUCAUCGGGAACGCACCUGGUGGGGUCGAGGGGCCGCCGGGUCACCCAGGUGGUGCGGGACUUUCUCCAUGCCCAGCGGGUGCAGCCGCCCGUGGAGCUGUUUGUGGACUGGCUGGCCGUGGGCCACGUGGACGAGUUCCUGAGCUUUGUCCCUGCCCCGGACGGGAAGGGCUUCCGCAUGCUGCUGGCCAGCCCCGCCGCCUGCUUCAGGCUCUUCCAGGAAAAGAAGAAGCGGGGCCACGGCAGGUCCCUCCUGUUCGAGGGUGUCAUCGGCAAUGGGCGGGUCAGGACCAUCUCCAUCAACCAGGUCCUUUCCAACGAAAACCUCAUCAGCUUUAAUAAGUUUGUGCAGAGCUGCAUCGACUGGAACCGCGAGGUGCUGAAGCGGGAGCUGGGGCUGGCCGACCGCGACAUCAUCGACAUUCCGCAGCUCUUCAAGUCUGAGAGGAGAAAGGCCACCGCCUUCUUCCCGGAUUUGGUGAACAUGCUGGUGCUGGGGAAGCACCUGGGCAUCCCCAAGCCCUUCGGGCCCCUCAUCAACGGCCGCUGCUGCCUGGAGGAGCAGGUGCGCGCCCUGCUGGAGCCGCUGGGGCUGCACUGCACCUUCAUCGACGACUUCACGCCCUACCACAUGCUGCACGGCGAGGUGCACUGCGGCACCAACGUGCGCCGGCAGCCCUUCGCCUUCAAGUGGUGGCACAUGGUGCCCUGA